AUGCGAGAAAUUGUCCAUCUAUCCAUCGGCCAGUGCGGUAACCAGAUCGGUUCUGCUUUCUGGCAGACCAUCUCCGGCGAGCACGGCAUCGGAGCCGACGGAGUCUACGGCGGCGAGGAGGAUAUUCAGCGAGAGCGACUCAACGUCUACUACAACGAGGCUGCUGCCAACAAGUACGUUCCCCGAGCCGUUCUUGUUGAUCUUGAGCCCGGCACCAUGGACGCUGUCAAGGGCGGUCCUUACGGGGAGCUUUUCCGACCUGAUAACUUUGUCUUUGGCCAGUCUUCCGCUGGUAACAACUGGGCCAAGGGUCACUACACUGAGGGCGCUGAGCUUGUCGACCAGGUUCUCGAUGUUGUGCGACGUGAGGCCGAGAACUGUGACUCGCUCCAGGGUUUCCAGAUCACGCACUCUCUGGGUGGAGGUACCGGUUCUGGUAUGGGUACCCUGAUGAUCGCCAAGAUCCGAGAGGAGUUCCCCGAGCGAAUGAUGGCCACUUUCUCCGUUGUCCCCUCGCCCAAGGUGUCCGACACAGUUGUCGAGCCCUACAACGCCACCCUGUCGGUCCACCAGCUGGUCGAGCACUCCGACGAGACCUUCUGUAUCGAUAACGAGGCCCUUUACGACAUUUGCAUGCGAACCCUGCAGCUGCCACACCCCGUCUACGGCGACCUCAACCACCUGGUCUCCUCUGUCAUGUCUGGUGUCACCACUUGUCUCCGAUACCCCGGCCAGCUCAACUCCGAUCUGCGAAAGCUCGCCGUCAACCUGGUGCCCUUCCCCCGACUCCAUUUCUUCAUGGUCGGCUACGCUCCUCUCACAUCUCUCAAGUCCGCUAACUUCCGAUCUCUGUCCGUCCCCGAGCUCACCCAGCAGAUGUUUGAUUCUCGAAACAUGAUGGCUGCUUCGGACCCCAAGCACGGCCGAUACCUGACCGCCGCCGCCUUCUUCCGAGGAAAGGUCUCCGUCAAGGAGGUUGAGGACCAGAUGCUGUCUGUCCAGACCCGAAACUCCAACUACUUUGUCGAGUGGAUCCCUCACAAUGUGCAGACUGCUGUGUGUUCCCAGCCACCCAAGGGUCUGCCCAUGUCCGGAACCUUUGUUGGAAACUCCACCUCUAUCCAGGAGCUGUUCAAGCGAGUCGGUGACCAGUUUUCAGCCAUGUUCCGACGAAAGGCCUUCUUGCACUGGUACACCAGCGAGGGUAUGGACGAGAUGGAAUUCAGCGAGGCUGAGUCUAACAUGAACGAUCUUGUCUGCGAAUACCAGCAGUACCAGGAGGCUCAGGUCGACGACGAAGAGGGCGAGUUCUACGACGAGCAGGACAUGAUGUAA